AUGCCUCCCUCUACCUCCUCUCGCGCUGGUACGGAUACCAAAUGGAGCCACGAAUACGACACAUUGCGCCGAGAAAAUCUCUUUCGAAAUCCCCCAAAGGAUCACUCCGCAUAUCCUGCGCUGAAAGCCGCCAUCUCCCCUCACAUCGAAUCCUUCAAUGCGCUUUUCGGAGAAGAUGGGACAAUUGCACAGGGCUUACUGGAUAUCGGAGAGAAGGUAUAUCUAGAUGGAGAUGAUAGAGCUGGACCUGCUGGAAAGAAUGUCAUGCGGAUCAAAGUCAAGGAGGUCUUCGUCGAGAAAUCAAUGCUCCCGAUGUCCAACAAGUUCUCCACCAGGAACCGAGAGAUCUUCCCAGCAGAAUGCAGAGAGCGUCAUGUCACAUACAGAGGGAAGAUGAGUGCGAAGUUUGAGUUCAGGAUAAACAACGGAGACCCGAAAGAGUUUGUUCGAGACCUGGGGCAAAUACCAUUGAUGAUGAUGUCAAAUAAAUGCCACCUGGAAAACAAUUCGCCUGCCCUACUCGUGCAACGAAAGGAAGAAGCGGAAGAACUUGGAGGAUACUUUGUGGUGAACGGAAUCGAGAAGAUUAUUCGUCUUCUGGUGGUUAACAGGAGGAACUUUCCAAUGGCAAUUGAGCGUCCAUCAUUCGAAGGCAGAGGACCAGCUUACACAAAGUACGGUAUGCUCAUGCGCUCAGUACGACCGGAUCAGACUUCGCAGACAAACGUGCUGCAUUACCUGAAGGACGGUAAUGUUACCUUUCGAUUCUCCUGGCGCAAGGCCGAGUACCUUGUUCCAGUCAUGAUGGUGAUGAAGGCUCUGGUGGAAACAAACGACCGUGAGAUCUUCGAGGGUUUAGUCGGAUCUGCUGGAUCGGAGGGAGCGCAGAACACAUUCUUGACUGAUCGAGUCGAACUUUUACUGCGGACAUACAAGGCGUACGGGCUGUAUACGAAGAGUAAGACUCGAGCAUAUCUGGGAGAAAAGUUCCGAAUUGUCUUGGGAGUUCCGGACACCAUGUCGAACUACGAUUGCGGAACGGAAUUUCUAAGGAAGAUCGUACUGGUUCAUCUGGGAAAUGUGGAUGUUACGGAAGCGCAGGAUAACGACAAGUUCAAGAUGCUGCUGUUCAUGACCAGGAAGCUCUAUGCAUUGGUGGCUGGAGACUGUGCUGUGGAUAAUCCCGAUGCUGUACAGAACCAAGAGAUUUUACUUGGAGGUUUUCUCUACGGUAUGAUCAUCAAGGAACGACUGGACGACUGGCUCUCGACGCAACUGCGAAUGUCAGUACGAGAGUAUCUGCGAAAAAGCCCAGAUCAUGGCUUCGAUACCCCAGAGUUCUUGAGGGAAUUUCCAGUCAAGCUGUGCGGGCGGACGAACGAGAAUGUUGGAGGUGCUCUCGAAUAUUUCAUGUCAACCGGAAAUCUCGUCAGUCCUACUGGUCUCGAUUUGCAGCAAGUAUCCGGAUUUACGGUCGUAGCAGAAAAGAUCAACUUCUUGCGAUUCAUCAGUCAUUUUCGCAUGGUUCACAGAGGUAGUUUCUUCGCCCAACUGAAGACCACCACUGUUCGAAAACUUCUACCUGAAAGUUGGGGAUUCUUAUGCCCAGUUCAUACCCCCGAUGGAAGUCCGUGUGGUUUGCUGAACCAUCUCUCCCACAAGUGUCGCAUUCUCACCAAGGCUUCUGAUGUCACGGCGAUACCCAAGCUUGUAGCUGGGCUAGGUGUUGUCAGUUCCGGAUCCUCCUCAACGAAAGAGAGCGUUGUCGUCAUGCUUGACGGAAAGAUUCUCGGAUGGUGCACACCCAAGCAAUCAGUUACUAUUGCCGAUACUCUUCGUUUCUGGAAGGUGGAAGGUUCUCACAAUGUCCCCAAGGACCUCGAGAUCUGCUGGGUGCCCAACUCUGCUGGAGGUCAAUAUCCUGGAAUCUACAUGUCUGCAUCUCCAUCCAGAAUGGUUCGCCCAGUCAAGUACUUGCCUCUUGAUGCGGAAGAUCUGGUUGGACCCCAAGAGCAACCUUUCAUGUCAAUCGCUGUCACUGAACCCGAGAUUGUUUCUGGCGAAUCCACCCAUGUCGAGUUCGACCCUACCAAUAUCCUCUCCAUCCUUGCUAAUAUGACUCCUUUCUCCGACUUCAACCAAUCUCCUAGAAAUAUGUACCAGUGUCAGAUGGGUAAACAAUCCAUGGGAACCCCUGGAACAGCUGUUCGAUACAGAUCAGACAACAAGACUUACCGCCUUCAAACCGGACAAACUCCAAUUGUUCGAGCUCCUCUCCACAACGAAUAUGGAUUCGACAACUUCCCUAAUGGCAUGAACUCUGUUGUUGCAGUCAUUUCGUAUACUGGCUACGACAUGGACGACGCCAUGAUAAUCAACAAGAGCUCUCACGAGCGAGGAUUCGGUCACGGCACAAUCUACAAGGUCAAAAAGGUGGAUCUGGAAGAAGGUGGCGGCAGAUCUAGGUCGUCGAAGAAUAUCAAGAAGCUUUUCGGUUUCGCGCCAGGAUCUGAAAUCAAGGCAGAAGUCAAGGCUAUGAUUGAUGAAGAUGGACUUCCCCAUAUCGGACGCCUAGUCCAGGAAGGCGACAAGAUCUGUGCGUGGCACACAGUCAGUCAAGAUGCCAAUGGAAACAUGGUGAACAAAGAUGGCAUCACACAUUAUGAGAAAUACAAGGAUGGCGAGAUCGCAUUCAUCGACGAAGUCCGCCUCAUCGGCAACGAAAACGGAGUCGAGCCCAUGCAAGCUAUUUCCAUCAAAUUCCGCAUCCCACGUUCCCCAGUCAUCGGCGACAAGUUCUCCUCCCGCCACGGUCAGAAAGGUGUCUGCUCCCAGAAAUGGCCCAGCGUCGACAUGCCCUUCACAGAAUCCGGAAUCCAACCCGACACCAUCAUCAACCCCCACGCCUUCCCCUCCCGCAUGACAAUCGGCAUGUUCGUCGAGUCUCUCGCCGGCAAAGCCGGUGCUCUCCACGGUCUAGCUCAAGACAGCACGCCCUUCCGCUUCGACGAGGAGAACACCGCAGGCGACUAUUUCGGCCACCAGCUCAUGAAAGCAGGGUAUAAUUAUUACGGCAACGAGCCCAUGUACUCGGGCAUCACGGGCGAGGAACUCCACGUCGACAUCUACAUCGGAGUCGUCUACUACCAGCGUCUCCGCCACAUGGUGAACGACAAGUUCCAAGUCCGAACCACGGGACCGGUCACCCAGCUCACGGGCCAGCCUAUCAAGGGUAGGAAGAAGGGUGGUGGUAUCCGUGUGGGAGAAAUGGAGCGUGAUUCUCUCCUUGCUCAUGGAACGGCUUUCCUGCUGCAGGAUCGCCUGCUCAAUUGCUCGGAUUACUCGCGCUCGUGGAUCUGUAAGGAGUGCGGGACUUUCUUGUCGACUCAGCCUACUGUCUCGGCUUUUGCGAACAGGAAGAGAGGCACAGGUGUGGUUAGAUGUAGGAGGUGUGCGUAUCGUGCGGAGGAUUUCUCUGGGAAGGGAGAGAUUUGGGAGGAUGGAGAGGGGCAGAGGUGGGUGGGUGGUGAUGAUACGACGAUUGUGGCUGUGCCUGGGGUGUUGAAGUAUUUGGAUGUUGAGCUUGCCGCUAUGGGCAUUAAGUUGAAGUAUAAUGUUGGGCCUUGA